UAGUUUAGCGGGUCUUCCUUUGACAACAUAGCUAAGUUUUCAAGCCCUGUGCGUUGAAAUAGUAGUUCUGACGAGGUUUUAAUACAAUAUUUGAUCAUUUUCAUUAGUUUAUCAUACGAUACACAAACAUUAACACAUUUUUAUAUGUUGUAGCCUUAUCUUUGUAAGUAAAUGUUAAAAUGCUAGCUAGCUGCUAAUGCUAACAUGAGCUAACUAUAGGGAUUGCCAUGCCCUGCUGUGAAUCGCUUUCUGUUUUUGUUUUCAGCUCAAACAGCUCCUAAAUAAGUGAACCGUUCAGAACUCAGAUGGCGGUGGCUCCCGCCUCUUUGGCCGAUCAGAUCAUAGUCCUUGAUGAUGACGAUAAUGUCGAAGAAGCGAGACCUCAGCCUUCAUCUUCUGCUGCUACCCCCUCAUCCUCUAAGCAUCAGGCUAAAGGACGUUCGUCACCUAAGAAUCAGCACCGGGUGUCGACCCACAUCACCCAAUCACCUUUUUCCUCUGCCAAGAAGAACACAAACGCUCUGCAGAUCGAAAACCAGAAGCUGUUCGACGAGUUUGUGCAGCACUGCACGCCCCUCACGAAGGACUGCCCGGAGGUUCUGACGUUCCUCCAAACCAAACAUGGGAAGGCCUGUCCCGACUACCUGUGCUCCGUGGAGUUCAGGAACACGCUGGGACACUGUCUGACUCGAGCUCAGGCCAGCAAAUCCAAAACCUUCGUCUACAUUAAAGAACUGUGCACCGUGCUGCAGCAGCACGCGCUCAAGAAGAGGCAGGCCCUCACCAAGGUGGAGCCCGCCGCAGCAGAACAGGGUUCUCAUCAGUCUACCUCUACAACGCUGAAAAGCAAAGACAAGGUAAAAGGUAAGGCGGGUGAGGAGGAAGAGGAAGUGAAACCAGAAGAGGAAGACCAGCCUUCCUCUUCAGGAGAAAAGGGAGAAGCUGGAGAGGAAAAUCAAGAGACCGACAAGAAGGCCAGGAGGUCUUUAAAGAAACAGAUUGCUUAUCUAGAGAACCUGUUGAAGCUCUACAACGAUGAGAUCUACCGACUGCAGCAGGCGGAGCUCAGUUUAGACGACCUGGAGACUGAAGACUCGACGUACAUCCAGGAGCACAAACUGAAGCGGAAGAUGAUGAAGAUCUAUGAAAAGCUUUGUGAACUGAAAGGCUGCGACACGCUAACAGGCAGAGUGAUCGAACAGAGGAUCACUUACUCAGGGACCCGCUACCCGGAAAUCAACAAGAAGAUUGAGCGUUUCAUCAACAGUCCCGAGGCUCACAGGAAUCCUCCAGAUUACCACGACAUCCUGCAGCAGGUGAUCCGCGUCAACGAGCGCCACAACCUGUGUCUGAGCAGAAAGCAGCUGAACCAGAUCGCAGCCGAAGCCUUCAGAGAGACCGGGAGCCGCCUGCAGGAGCGGCGCCACCUAGACCUGGUCUACAACUUCGGCUCGCGCCUCACAGACACGUACAAACCCGCGACCGACCCGGCUCUGUCGGACCCCUCUCUGAUGAGGAAGCUGCGCUCCAACAGAGAAGUGGCUUUAUCCCGUCUGGAUGAGGUCAUCACCAAAUACGCCGUCAAACAGGACGACACCGAGGAGCAGGAGAGGCAGCGGAGGAUGGAGAAAGACAAGGAGCGCUUCAUAGCUUCAGAUGAUGAUGACGAUAACGAGGAUGAAAACGAUAACGAGGCGGAUGAAGCCUACGAUGAUGGCGACAACAAGGAGGACCAGACGUACGAUCAGUCAGAAAGCGUCCCUGAAGCUGAUGGAGAAGACCUGAAGGAUGAAGGUGAUCCUGACUCCGAUGAGACCCAGAUCUCCCCCAUGACCGACAUCCCCUCCCCAAGAGACAGCCCCAGCCAAUCGGAGGCCAUGCAGACCAACGAGCCGCAGCCGUCGACCAAUGGGAGCCCAGCAGCUUCGCAGCAGUCUGUCACCUCCUCCAGUCAGCUGUCCGUUGUUCUUGUAAAGGUCAAAGAAAAAGCUACGGAGGUCAUCCCAUCGGCUUCCACCAAUGGGAAUCCUUCCCCAGAGCAGAAAACCGUCACAGUGGGACAGAGUGACACCCAGACCACCAACGGGACGUCCCCGCCCCCCAGCCCCAGGACCACCAGGAGCCAGAAGAGGAAGAGGGAGGAAACGAGGUCAACGAACUCUAGAAAUAUAAAACAGAAGAUCAGUUUUGACAGCAGCGACGCAGACAUCUCUCUGGACAUGGGCGUCAUUUGCUGCAGUUCUCCAGAAAAAAUGGAAUCGUCCGUCUUUGAAACGCCGACCAAGAACCCCAUCAUCAGCUUAGAGUCCACGCCGCCUCCUAAGAAGAACAAGGUUAACGUGGCGACCCAGUGUGACCCAGACGAGAUCAUCGUGCUGUCAGACUCGGACUGAAUCUCUGAACGCAUCAGUUUUCUUCUUGCACUUCUGAAGCUGUGUUUUCAGACCAUCUCUGCCAAACCCAGAAGAACUGGAACAAACAGAUUUUUUUUUUUCCUCUCAAAAAGUCAGUAUCAAAGACUAUCAGUCGAAAUCAAGGAGCAGCUGUUUCUGUUCACAGCUAUAAACAUAACUGAUCCGGGAUGUUGAUGUUUCUCCACUCAUCAAGGUGCAGUUUCUAUUUCCCCCCAGCAGGGAGGCGCUCUCUAACAGCUUGUCUGUGCAGACCUCAUGAACAAGUGAGAACAGCUGAUCUAGAUGCUGUUUUUCCAGCAAGGUGCUUGUGUUUUUUAUGCCAUUGGAGUCCAGUUCCUGUCAAUAAGAACAGGACCUGAUGGUUUCCAUGACGACGAUAAUGAACUGUACAUGAACUCAGUUUUUUUUAGGGGGGUAUUUUUUAUAAAAGGGAUUUUUCUGUUUAAAUGGAUUUUCUGCUUGUGCUGACGGCCGGGAUAAACCGAGGCGAUUGGUUUGGUUUGUGACGCGCAGCAGAGAUGUGGGAACUUCUCAUUUUCUCCUUUUCUAUCGGCCCUUAGAAACAGAUUUGUAGAUUCAAAAUAAAGUAAGUUUAUCUUUUUUUCAGAUUAGUUUCUCUCUUUUGAACAAACCCAUAAAAGACAAAAAAACAAAUGCCAGAUUCUUCAUCUAUUUCAUUCAUAUACCCAAGAAGCAUCAGGAUUCUCGUUUUGAUGUUUCCACACUUAAAAAAAAUGUACUAAUACAAUCAGAGGAAACAUCCGAUUAUUACAUUUCAAAACUGAUAUGCUGAUAUAAAUAAUCCCUGCAACGUCUAAUCUGGUCAGAGAUGCUUCCUUUUUAACUGACCAACACUUAAAGUAGCCAACACUGCCACCUGCUGACCAAUGUUUGCAAUUCCCAUUGAAACUAAAAGUGAAAAUGAUUCAUUUAAAGUUUUACUUUAUGCUCAACCUUCUGUUUCUUCCUUUAAAAUCUGGGAGGAAAUGCAGCUUAUAUUUUAAUUUAGCGCCACAUGACCCUUUAGUUUCAUGCUCUUUGGAAAUUAGAUAAUUACCUGCUUAAGGCGUCCAGGUGUGGCCUUGUUUUCCUCUGCCUCUGCUGUAGGCAUUAGGAAGCGUGUUAAUCCGCCUUAGAAAGUAGACCUCAACACUUUACCUUGUGCUUUUUUUCUGGGAUUUAUGCAAAAACCCUCAGGAGCCAUGUUGGGGAAAACAGGCCAUUAUCUGUUCCGAUAAGGGGAACAGUUUGGAAGCAUUUAGGUUGUUAAAGGAAGCAGCAGGGAUCAUAUUUUAAACUCAGAAGUUUGUUUUGAUGGAACUGGUUUCUCUAAAUGAACUUUUAAUGAAAUAUUAGAAGAGAAAUUUCUUGUUAAAUCCAAAUGCAGGAAAAAACUAGAGUAGAACAUUAACUGAAAACAAAAUUAAUGGAUGAAAAUCUCUACAAUCAUUAAAUAAGUAAAAAUACCCCAUUAGUUAAUCUGUCAUCAGAGUUCUGUCUUUUUUUAAGGUUUUAUUUUGCUCCCUUCUGCUGAAAAAGCUCUUUCUGAUCCACUUAUUAUCCCUGAAAUAUAUUGAUAUUUUUCCCAGAUUCUGAAUUUUUGUGAAAACAUCUUCAGCAACCGAUGAAUAAAACCGAUUUGUUGGUUCUGGUGGCGUCACUGUUCUAAAGCUAAUCGUCGUUAGCUGAGCUCUGAUGUGAUGGACUUUGUCUGAUUUCUCUCACCGCCGUUUCUUUUUAUCAUGUGUGAAAGUUUUGUUUUUACCUCGUGGGUGAAUGUUGUCCUCAUCAGGGUAGAAGCUCUUUUCAGAGCGUCAGGAUAGAGAAAUGAGUCGAACACAUUUCUGCUCCUCUGUCUACUGGAGUUUUCCUUCACUGUGAAAUCCUUUUUUUAUUUUAUUUUGGUACAAAAAUAAAUGAUGGGAG